AGCUCAUAAUAUCAAAUAUUCGAAACGAAAGUACAAUCAAAGGAUCUCAGAAUGCCCGCAUUGAAGAAACGCGACACAACGUUGCCAGAUCUGGGCGAUUUUCGUGUGGAGAAAGCGAAAGGUGAUGCCACAACGGAUACGGAUAAAAAGUACAGUUUCUUCGAUCUGUUUCGCUACUCAACCGUUGUGGAGCGUUUUCUCAUAGUUUUUAGCAUGAUUGUGGCCACGCUAGCUUCCAUUCUUAUACCCUAUUUCAUUGUGAUCUAUGGAGAAUUCACAUCUCUGCUCAUUGAUCGCGCCGUGGUCGAGGGCACCUCAUCGCCUACAUUCAUACUGGCGCUCUUCGGGGGCGGCAAGCGACUCACCAAUGCGAGCGAUGAAGAGAAUAGGCAGGCGAUCAUCGAUGAUUCGGUUGCCUUUGGCAUAGCGAGCUUGGUGGGCUCAGUCGUACUGCUGGUGCUCAUGCUCAUUGCCAUUGAUAUAUCGAAUCGUGUGGCACUCAAUCAAAUCAAUCGCAUACGCAAGCUCUUCCUGGAGGCCAUCCUGCGGCAGGAUAUGUCCUGGUAUGAUACCACAUCGGGCACAAAUUUCGCCAGCAAAAUGACGGAAGAUUUGGAUAAGGUCAAGGAGGGCAUCGGCGAAAAGGUUGCCAUUGUUACCUUCCUCUUCAUGACCUUUGUCAUGGGCAUUGUGGCCUCGUUCAUCUAUGGCUGGAAGCUGACGCUGGUGGUGCUCACCUGCAGUCCUUUCAUUAUACUGGCCACGGCCAUGGUGGCCAAGAUCCAGAGCUCCCUGGCUGAAAAGGAAUUGAAAGCCUAUUCGGAUGCCGGCACAGUCGCCGAGGAGGUGUUCAGUGGCAUUCGCACCGUCUUCGCCUUUAGUGGAGAGCGCAAGGAGAAUGAACGCUUCUCGAAGCUUUUGAUACCCGCUGAAGCCACGGGUCGCAAGAAGGGUCUCUACUCGGGCAUUGGGGCGGGUGUGAUGUGGCUCAUCAUCUACUGCUGCAUAGCCCUUGCCGUUUGGUACGGCGUCAACUUGAUCCUGGACGAUCGCGGCAAGGAGGACCGUCAGUAUACGCCCGCAGUUCUGGUCAUCGUCCUCUUUGCCGUCAUAAUGGGCGCCCAGAAUUUGGGUUUCUCCUCGCCACAUGUGGAUUCGUUCGCUGUUGCUUUUGGCGCUGCACGGAAUCUCUUUAGGAUCAUUGAUCGCAAGUCCGAAAUCGAUCCAUUGGAUGAGUCCGGCUUGAAGCCGGAGGGCAUAACAGGUCGUCUGCGGUUUGAGGAUAUACACUUUCGCUAUCCGUCCCGGCCGGAUGUCGAGAUACUCAAGGGCUUGACGGUGGACGUGGAGCCGGGGCAAACGGUUGCUUUUGUGGGCGCCUCGGGCUGUGGCAAGAGCACAGUCAUUCAACUAAUGCAACGUUUCUACGACCCGGAACAGGGUCAGGUGCUGCUGGAUGGACGCGAUUUGCGCAGCCUGAACGUGGGCUGGCUGCGCUCCCAGAUUGGCGUUGUCGGCCAGGAGCCGGUGCUGUUUGCCACCACAAUUGGGGAGAACAUACGCUUUGGCAAUCCACUGGCCACCCAGUCGGACAUCGAACGUGCGGCACGCAAUGCCAAUUGCCACGAGUUCAUCACCAAGCUGCCCAAGGGCUACGACACCCAGGUGGGUGAACGUGGCGCCCAAAUGUCUGGCGGACAGAAGCAACGCAUUGCCAUUGCCCGUGCGCUGGUGCGCAAUCCGAAGAUUCUGCUGCUGGACGAGGCGACAUCCGCGCUGGACCCCACCUCCGAGAAACGUGUACAGGACGCACUGGAGCUGGCCAGCCAAGGGCCAACCACCCUCGUUGUCGCGCACCGCCUGUCGACUGUGACUAAUGCCGACAAAAUUGUGUUUGUCAAGGAUGGCAAGGUGGCCGAGCAGGGCACGCACGACGAGCUCAUGGACAGGGGUGGUUUGUACUACGAUCUGGUGAACAUAACCCGCCGCAAGGAGGCCACCGAGGGGGCAGACGAGACGGCCGGCAGUGUGGCGAAAUUGGCAUUGACCAAGGGCAGGGAGGAUGAUAUCAUGGUUGCUGACGAUGACGAUGAGCUCGAGGAGGACGAGGAGUACGAAGAGGACAUCGAUGAGACUGGCGCUGCCGCGGCAGAGGUUAACAGCAGCAAGGAUGACGUAUUCAGCGUUACCUCAGCCAGCAAACGUCGUUCCCAACGUCGCAAGAAGAAGAAGAAGCAGCCAAAACCCGAAGAGCCAAAAGUCUCAUUCAUGCAACUGAUGAAGCUGAAUGCACCCGAAUGGCGUUACAUAGUCUGGGGCUGCAUUGCCUCCAUCAUGCACGGCAUCACAUUCCCAUUGUGGGGCUUGUUCUUUGGCGACUUCUUUGGCAUUCUGUCCAACAGCGAUGAGGAUCUGGUGCGACACGAGGGCAACAAUAUUUCCUACAUUUUCAUUGGCAUUGGGCUGAUGGCCGGCGUGGGCACCAUGAUGCAGAGCUAUCUGUUCACCACGGCCGGCGUCAAGAUGACAACGCGCCUGAGGAAGACGGCCUUCAAGACAAUCGUCGCCCAGGAGGUGGCCUUCUUUGAUGACGAACGCAAUUCCGUGGGCGCAUUGUGUGCCCGUCUCGCUGGCGACUGCUCCAAUGUGCAGGGCGCAACGGGCGCACGUGUUGGGAUUAUGCUGCAGGCGGUGGUCACCUUGGCCGUGGGCAUGCUAAUUGGUUUCAUCUACUCCUGGCAACAGACUCUGUUGACUACCGUCACCCUGCCCCUGCUCUGUCUGUCGGUUUACCUCGAGGGCCGCUUUAUCGCGAAGAGCGCCCAGUCAGCCAAGGCGGCCGUUGAGGAGGCCUCACAGGUCGCCGUUGAGGCCAUUGCCAAUAUACGCACGGUCAACGGCCUGGGCCUGGAGCAGCAGGUGCUGGAGCGCUACGUCAGGCAGAUUGAUCAGGUGAAUAUCGCCUGCCGUCGCAAGGUGCGUUUCCGUGGCCUGGUCUUUGGCUUGGGUCAGACGGCACCGUUCCUCGCCUAUGGCGUUUCGCUCUACUAUGGCGGCCUGCUGGUUGCCAAUGAUGGCUUGCCCUACGAGGACAUCAUUAAGGUUGCCGAGGCAUUGAUCUUCGGCUCCUGGAUGCUGGGUCAGGCCUUGGCCUAUGCGCCGAAUGUCAACGAUGCCAUCAUCUCCGCGGGACGCCUGAUGAAACUGUUCGAGCAGACGCCCAAGCAACCUAAUCCACCACUUAAUCCAUAUAAUACAGCUGAGAAAUCGGAGGGCGACAUUGUCUAUGAGAAUGUUCGCUUUGAGUAUCCCACGCGCAAGGACACGCCCAUUUUGCAUGGCCUGAAUCUCACGAUUAAGAAGAACACCACGGUGGCACUGGUGGGUCCAUCGGGCUCGGGAAAAUCCACUUGUGUCCAACUUCUAUUGCGCUACUAUGAUCCCGUCUCGGGCUCGGUCAAUCUGAGUGGUGUGCCUAGCACGGAUUUCCCACUGGACACCUUGCGCUCCAAGCUGGGUUUGGUGUCCCAGGAGCCGGUGCUCUUCGAUCGCACCAUUGCCGAGAAUAUUGCCUAUGGCAACAAUUUCCGUGACGAUGUGCCCAUGCAGGAGAUUAUCGAGGCAUCGAAGAAGGCGAACAUACACAAUUUCAUUAGCUCCCUGCCGAUGGGCUAUGAAACGCGUGUGGGCAAGACCUCUCAGCUUUCCGGUGGCCAGAAGCAACGCAUCGCCAUUGCUCGGGCCCUGGUGCGUAACCCAAAGAUUCUGAUACUGGACGAGGCGACAUCCGCCCUGGAUCUGGAGAGCGAGAAGGUGGUGCAGCAGGCACUCGAUGAGGCCAGAGCUGGACGCACCUGUGUCACGAUUGCCCAUCGCCUGAGCACAGUGCGUGAUGCCGAUCUGAUAUGUGUACUAAAGCGUGGAGUCGUCGUCGAACAGGGCACACACGAUCAUCUGAUGGCACUGAAUGGCAUCUAUGCGAACCUCUAUAUGAUGCAGCAGGUGGCUGGAUAGGCUAGAUAGUGAUUGUCGGAAUCGAGCUAUCGCCUAGGACAGUAAACAUGCUUUAGACUAGGUGUCGUACCUGGUAACUAGUUGGCAACUAACUAGAGAGCUCAUCGAAGCAGGUGUGCCAAAUCGUGUUUAGCUUUAAGUCAAUUCAUUUUGUAGUUUGUAUGACCUUUCUGUAGUUGCACUUGAAUUCAAGCUCUGAGAGCAAUUAAUAUUAAUGUA